ACCACAGCGUGUUUCCCGGUGACGGGCUGGAGAAACGCCGCUGCGGUGCCAGAGACACAAUAUGCUCCGUCGCUCCUGACGGUCCCGCACUGCACAGCAUCAACUUCAGCAAAACAUAUCGAAACCGCGGAGGAGGGAGCUUAUUACCGGGAAUACUGACCAACAACUUCUACCCUAACCAACUAUAGAAGAAAAGAAGCUCCUCUGAGCCCCGCUCGAGCGAUUGGUCCAGAUCCCAUCCAUCCAGUGGGUCGAGUGGCCCUCCUCCUCCCAGUCAGCCGUUCCUUUGAGGUGUCUCGUAGCUGCAGAUUGCGUCAUGAUGGGACAAUAGCAGAGGGCGUCAAAGCUCUCCCCCUUCCUCCUCCAUCUCCUCCCCCGUUUUUCUUUCUCUCAGCCUCAACCUCACCACAGCCCUCCCCCCCUAACAAACAUACAGCUACACACAAACACACACCACAGCCCUCUGACCACUCCUCCCACGCUGGUCAUGGUCUACUCCCCCUGUUUCCUGAUCCAGCCAGCCAGUCUGCCUUCCAGUGAGUUGGUGGAAGCUGUAAUCCUCUGUAAAGUGUAGAGCCUAUACGGCUGCAUAUGCUUGCUUUUGUCGCGGUGGCUGUUGUUGUUGCAGAGGCCUCCCUCAGGAGAGAACAUGAGAGAGAACAGAAGGCAGCGUAAAGCACACAAAGGGAGAAAGAGAGAGGGGAAAGAGUGAGUGAGAGGGAGAGAGAGACGGACACUGACACUGCCAUUUAUUUGACCCGAGGAGAAUGAGCUUUGCAUGGCAACUGAUGGAAUUCAGCGGGGGUGAAACUACAUGAUGUGGGACUGGCAUUAUCACCCAGCCAACAAGAAGACCAGCACUAAACUUUGGUGAUCUUUCAUGUCCUGUCUUGGUCUACAGCAGGGAAUGCAGUGAUUAAACAGAAAAAUAUAUAAGCCUUUUUUCUCCCAUGAUUAAGUUUUUUUUUUUUUUUUUAAUUUAAUUUUUAUUUUGCCUUCCUUUUGGUGUGUAUUUUUUCAAUUUUCAGCCUACCAGAAGUGCCUUGGUAUAGUUUUUUUCAUACAGUUACUUUUGCAUAUUUUUUUUUCUUCUCAUCAGCAACAUAUCCUUAGAAUAUUGCACUUGACUUAAUAUACAGUAACCUUCCUAUUCACUGCCUGUUGCCAUCAUUAAGAGAAGUUAAAUAUUCCAAUUUGGGUGUUUACAGCAACAACGCAAGCCUUCACAGAAUAUAGAGUCAAUGAUCAAAAACCUCGCUAAUUUUUGUACUCAGAAAAGCGUUGAUAGUCCCAAUUAAAACCACUAACCCAGGACCAGCGAGACUCACUGUCCCGCCUCCUGAAUCCUGUUGCUGUGACGACGCAGAGCCGUCACCAUGUUCAGCAUCCAGUCCAAAUGGCGCUACCUGUUCAUGUUCCUGGGCAUCCAGCUGGUGGUCAUGGCGCUGCUGUCCCGAGAGGGCUACCACAAAAGGGUCACCUACUUCAUACGCAUCUUCCGGAAGACCGAAAGCACCGUGCUGAUGGCCCGCAACCACACGACAGGUGCAGCCGUUGGCGCGGACGUAUAUGCCAACCUGUCCCGCAUGUCCAAGGGUCAUAACGGUGGAGAUGACAUGCCCUUCUGCCCCAAGACAUCUCCUUACAUAGGUGGGCCAAUCCAUGUCAGUUUUCCGUCAGGGCUCACUCUAGCCGAAGUCCAGAGGAAAAACCCAACAGUAGUACGAGGAGGGCGCUACAGGCCGCCUGACUGCGAGGCUCUUCAUCGCACCGCCAUCAUCAUCCCCCACAGAAACAGGGAGCACCACCUCAAGUUCCUGCUCUACUACUUGCAUCCAUUCCUGCAGCGGCAGCAGCUCAACUAUGGAAUCUAUGUCAUUCACCAGGCAGGAAACUACACGUUCAACCGGGCCAAGUUGAUGAACGUGGGUUUCCGUGAAGCCAUGAGGGAGGAAGACUGGGACUGUCUCUUCUUCCACGACGUGGACCUCAUCCCUGAGGAUGAUCGCAAUACAUACACCUGCGACUCCAACCCAAAGCAUGCAGCCAUCGCCAUGGACAAAUUUGGCUACAAGCUUCCAUACAAAAUGUAUUUUGGAGGAGUGUCAGCCUUGACUCCACUGCAUUACCUCAAGAUGAACGGUUUCCCCAACAACUACUGGGGCUGGGGUGGCGAGGACGACGAUAUUGGAGUCAGAGUGUCUUUGGGAGGAAUGUACAUCACUCGUCCAUCACUGAAGGUGGGCCGCUACAAGAUGAUCAAACACAAGCUGGAUAAAGGCAACGAUGUGAACCCGAAGAGGUUCAACAUGCUGGCCAAGACGCGUCAAACCUGGAAGCUGGAUGGGAUGAACACAGUUGAGUACGAGAUAGUGUCACGGGAGUACCUGCCCCUCUACACCAACAUCACCGUCAACAUUGGCACAGAGGCCGGUCUGCACGUUCGUCCCCCAACGGCACCACCGCCAAAACCCCCAGCUGAAAAGCCGGCUAAUAAAACAGCCAAAGGCCCGGCCAAUCCCCCUGCCAAACUCAAAGAGGACCACAAGACCACCCAGUGAGCCGCCUCACUCUGCCUUUACUUCACCUGCAGUGAUCGUUUCGGUGUGUGCUGUUGGAUGGUUUAAUUAUUUCUCCAUGGUGGCCUGGGGUUUCUCACACACCUGUAAACCUUUUCAUCUGUUUCCUCUCCUGAAUGUGACUCCCUUUUUGAUUGGUGGAAGAUCAGCUGCAGACCUUGCCACCACCUGUGAACGGUUAGGACACUCACUUGGGUGAUUAAAGCACCCGUUUAAAAAUAAAGACAGAAAAUGCUGAAUCUGCUCCAAGAGACUUCAGUCCUGUUAUGCCACUGAUUAUUCUUUCAGCGGAGCGACAGCAGAGGGUGACCGUUAAAAGAUGGACUCUAUGAGUUUAUAUAUCCACAGCGCUGUGGUCGCUGGUUAAACCUUGUGAUGCCUUAGAAUCUGAUCUCAUUUUUUUUUUUUUCUUUCUCUCUUUACUUUAUGGUGUUUAGAAUAUCAGGUUCAUAUGAAUCAAUUACUGCAAUUUCUAGCAGUCACAUGCCAACAUAUUUGGACAGAGUUACUCAUGUUUUUUUGUUUUUUGUUUUUGUUUUUUCUUGUUUUUGUUUUUUCAAGGCACUGAAUAUACUGUUAAAGGAGAGUGUCUCUUUUCCCAAUAGAGAGUGUGAAGCUGCUACGAUGAAUAUGGAAGGAAUUGGCCAAUUAGUGUAUGAUUAGUAGCGUAGAAGUGACACAAAUAUACUCUCCAUCUAGAAAUAACUGGGGCCUUGUUUAUAAAACGUUCCUCACAGAUGUCCUCCUGUCCAAAUCAAAAGUGAGCUAGAUGUCUAAAAUUACAUCAGUUCUACUGCAGUAUAUCAAGAAAAAGUGAACUCACAGUCUCUAAUUAUCAAAGGUGUGAAUGCUGUAGAAAUACUUUAGCUUUUUGCGGGGACAUAUUUUGUAAAAUGUACAAUGGAAAGUAGAAUAAAGUCAAAGAGCACAUUUAUAGAUGAGGCUCCAGGGCUGCAAUACUGUACAUAAAAGUCAAGGUACAGCUGCUCUGUACAGGUUUUAUCUCGGUGGUAAUCAGUGCAUUCAACACAGCCUUUCUUCUCAUGUUCUUAAUAUUUCAGCAUAUCCAAUAUCCACAACCUGUUGAUUGGUAUUUUUUACGUGUGCGGUUGUGUAUUUGCCUUGAUGAAGAGCGCAGGUCCUGGUGACAAUGAUCAGUCCACUGCCUUCAGAUGAGCUGGCCGUUCACGUCAAAAUGGAGUCUUUGACACUCACCAUUUUCUACCACUUUGUUAUUUUAUUAUAUUUACAGUAGCUGCUUGUGUAAAUGUAUCAUUAAAGGGUGCUGGUUUGCUGCUGCGAGUUUAUAUGCAGUGGAACUUAAUAAUCCGCUGUUUUUUUUUUCUUGUUUUUUUUUUUUUUUUUUAACAUCUUUGACCCUUCUCCUGUCCUUCAUCCACACGUUUCUGAUAGAACUGAGCUACAAAAAGCAAUUUGAAUCCUCCAUCAGAGGAGAUGAGUGGAGGCAGCAGCUGUUUGAGGCUCAAGUGACAAAUGAACCACUUUAUCCAUCAGGACUCACAAGUUCAUUCACAUCCUCGGAGGGGCUGGGAAAUGUGACGACAGCUUCAACCAGAAGCAAAACAAAGCCAAUAUUUUUGAUUGCUCUUCAUGUACAGUUAAAGUGCAUGUUGCAGUGUUCGUGGGAGACCCUUGAAACUCCAGUUUUGGAACUUCAACUGAAGGAUUAAAUCUUUGACAAAAUUGACACUAGAGGUAGUUUAUAAAGGGAGAUAUUCCAGCUUCAAGAAUAUCUGAGGCCACCUCCAGUGGGCGAGCUGAAGCGCUAAAACUGGGCUAAACCAGAGUAAAAUUGAACAGUGGUCAGCUGGACUUGUACAUAAAAUCAGCUCUCUAAAUUAUACCCUCAACUUCACAUUCAGCUUACAAUUAUGAUGUCAUAAAUAUUGGGCCAUGCAACAAUGACAGUAGAGGUCCAGUUACGGGUAAAUAUUUGGAAUCAAAGGUAGUGAUCAUUUGUUCAGCCCCAUUGAUUACCAUAUCUUCUACUGUGUUUAACAAGUGCUCAGUGCUGAAACGGCCCCCGAUUGCCAAACGAGUACUGCAUAGUACUGCACUCCUUUGUCUCCACUUAUUUCACAGCAGUCAAUGGCCGUGAUUUGUUUGAGAAACUGAUUGUCAUCAAGCUUUUCUAGCCACAGUGUGGAAAGACACGUCACAGCUGGAGGUUCCUGUUUUUGACUCGGCCAUACAGUCACUACAAAAUAUGUCAGCUUCUUUAAAGUCGCUCUCCGUGACUGAGUUCCCAGAAUCUUCCACUAGCGCCCGUGUACUGCAUGUCACGCUCCCUCUCCUGUGCACUCUGACGAAUGAUUGUUUACACCAGAACACACUCACACACACACAAACACACAAAAAAAUACCCCUUUACAUAAUGUUUGUGACCCCACUGGUUGGUGUGUACGCUGAAACCAAAGAUGACUGCGUGGAAAGCUGUGCCCGCACACAGGAAGUGAGUGGGUGUGUAUGUAUGUGUGUGUAUGUACAUAAAGACAUAUUGUGAAUGAUAUCUAUCAAACAUGUUGCCCUAUCUUCACACACCGGCAUAUCAUUCGUUCCUAUCAGGUGUCUAAUUUUCCAGCUGGUUUUGGUAGGUUUUCAAACAGAUUGAAGUCAAAACACCAUGUUAUUCAUGUUGACCAAUAUGUAAAAAUGUCCUAUAUAAUGUUUCUUUUUUUUUCUUUUUUUUUUUAAAUUAUUAAAAGGUUCAGGAUAUCUUCUGACAUCUUUUAAUGAGUUUUAUGCUGGUAGAGACAGUUUUGUCAGAUGCUUUUCAAACGGUGGAACAAGACUCUUGGAUUUGGAUGCGAAGAGAGAGGAAGUGAAUCAGGCGGAUGCUGGCUGUGGCUGCCUGACAUUUUGUGUAUUGUCUUUCUCAUGUGAAUUCAUAUUAAUCUCCUAUGGCCUUAGCAACACACUUAAAAGACUCGUAGUUGAAGACUCGGUCACUAUGUAUGCAAUAGCAUCUCACGCUGUAUCAAGACUUAAAUAUGCAUGGCACAAAACCUUUUUAGUGAGGUUAUUGGAAUGUACAGAGCACAAUAUAGACAUGAUACACCUGAGUUCUCAUCUUGGUAACAUGAAGCAUGCUAAAGUGUUUAUAUGUUGUAUGAAACUUUCUUAUUGUGACAUGAAAUAUAUGUUUCCAUCUGCUGUGAGUA